AUGGCGAAUUCAUGGCGAAAGCAGCAUACAAUAGAAGAGGAAGAAAGAAGGUUGCACGCGUACCGAUCACGCUGCUUUCAAGUCACUGCAAAAGUACCUCUCUACUUCCUUUCGUUCGAAGAAGGAUUUAGGAGCUGGAUGAAUAACCACGAGAACGUCACCAGACUCGAAAAACUUAUGAAAGCCCAAGGUUGCCAGCGACUUAUGCGAGAGAACCACGUGCCCGUAAUAGUCUCGUCGGAAGAUUGGAUGACGAAAGUUGUACCGGUCUAUGAGAAUUCCAGAGUAGGCCUUGACGUGCCCCAUCUGCAGAUUUCGCCUGGGUACCGUUUACGCGCAUUGGAUCACGAGAGUCUCAUCAACGCAGCCCAGAUCAGGCUCAAGGGCCCAGACCAGUGGUGGAUUGUUGAUGUCUAUGUUUUGGACACGGACUCUGGCGACGCCGCAGGGAUAAUCCAACAGAGAUUUGUUCGUUCAUUGAAGGAACGGAUCCCUAAUGAUCUCAGUCCCCCAGAUGGAUUGGCUUAUGAGCGAAUCAACUACUACGAGGGGCAUCUCGAUGGUCACAUUAAUCGCUCCGCAGCUGACGACUGGUGGGCUGCCCUCAACACAAAGACACGAAGUUCGAAAGAGAAAGGUCUGCGGAACUUCUUCAGGAAUGCAAAGCUGCACAAUAAGUUGAACGCCUUGCUUGCGAUUAGAGGACUGUGGGAGGCCAUGCGUAUUGGGGUUCUCCAUAAAAUCACUGCAAUGCAUUGUGAUGAGGCCAUAUGUUGCUACUGGGAGCAUAUCCUGCAAACAUUCCUGAGAAUAGUUGGGGGGCGACAACAGCUACUUCCAUAUAUUGAUGGCGUGACGGUUGAGCUUCUUGAAUCUCGUGCCCCGAAAGUAUCGAAGAGAGAUCGACAGUUUCUCCAAAAACGAAUGGAUGACGGGCAGCUCUUUGCCAAUCUGGAUAAUCAAGUUCGUGAUGAGGUCUGGCAAAACCUCCUCAGGAUCGAUUACCCAAUCCCCACGUUAAAAACAUUUUUCAAAGAUCGUCUUUACCUUGAGGUAGCUCAGAACGUCAUGAAACAAGCCUUAUUGCCGGUUCCGAAUGACACAGCCACCACUAUUGACGCUGGUCUCUGUGCUACAUGGGAUAGUGCGCGGUCGGGGACGAUUCCAGUACGACAGGAACGGCUCGAAGAGGGUCUCCUGGAGCUCUGGCGGUUCAGCUUUCAAUACGGGUUCGAAAUGACUGGUCACACCCGCUUGAAAUCCGAUAAGCAGGUACCACAAGAUGGAAUAGAGGCAGCGGAACUUUGGCGGCAUUUUUUUGCUCUGUUGAGAAUUCGGGGGUUUAAAGCCCCCGAUGGAGACUCCGCUGCGGCACCUACCAUGCCACUUCCCACCCCACCACCAUGCGAAUUUCCCGAGAACCCGGAGCAUGAGAUUGAAGCCCCCAAGCGAUGUGGAAAGCCUUAUUCCAAUUCCGCUAGAGCAGAUCGAUUCGCCCUCACAGCCAGCUCGAUGCGCCAGCGAUCAGUGCCUGACCGCGUGACUGCCGGAUUCCUGCGCCAGUCCGUCUUCAAUGCCUUCUUCAGCUAUCUUCAGACUACUGCCACCGGGACUAGUUCAACAACUUAUGAGGUUCUAUUGCAACAAGCGCAGGUGGAGGUGGAAUCGAACCAGCCUCCUCUCAGAAGCGAGACAGUCAGUCCAGUGAAUGGGCACGACCAACCGAGUGAAUCCACAUCCAACGAGCCGAGCUCAUGGAACACGACUCCUGGCAGGGGGCUGAUCAGUGAUUCUGCAUAUACACUGUCGAGUUCAGCCAGUCAGUCCCAAUCGAGCCCGGUGAUCAUGAACUUCAACCUCGCGGGGCUAUCAAGGGAUCAGCAACAGUUACAGAUGCCGUACGAUUUUGAGUGGAUUCACCAAUUUAGUACUGAGCUAGAUGCAAAUUCAUUUGGAGUGGAAAUAAUGGACACUGGGCGCUCUAUCCCACCACAAGAUAUUUUUGACUACUACUCAACUCACGCUAGCUCGCAGCUAGUUGCUAGUCUCAACAAUGAGGAUAGUCUCGGGCCAUCAAUCAAUAACAAGAGAAAAAGAGAGCAUUCAGACGACGCAGGUAAUGAUUUGAAUACGAGAGCAAAACGGUUUAUUGAAGAACAGGCUCUUCGAGCCCGCGACCGCAUAACAAUGGACUCGGCAUCAAGGCAUACAAGCUUUUCAUCCCUUUAA